AUGAUUAGUCGAUUUUAAAAAUGGCGUUGGUUUGUGAGAAAUGUGAGUCCUUUGUUUUGAAAUGGCUGGUCCUGUCCUGACUCAACAACAGCCAUGGAGGAAGAAGGGGAAGAGUUCGUUUUCACUCCACCUCCAGAGGCCCCAGUUUUCGAACCAACUGAAGAGGAAUUUCAGGACCCUUUGGCGUACAUUGCAAAAAUAAGGCCUUAUGCAGAGAGAACUGGCAUCUGCAAAGUCCGGCCUCCCCCGGAAUGGCAGCCUCCGUUUUCAGUAGAUGUGGAAACUUUUAGAUUUACGCCGAGGGUUCAGCGUCUCAAUGAACUUGAGGCGAGAACAAGGGUGAAACUAAACUUUUUGGAUAGACUCGCCAAAUUGUGGGAACUUCAGGGUACAACUUUUAAAAUACCAACAGUUGAGAGGAAAAGUUUGGAUCUCUUUCGGCUUCACAAGACUGUAAGCGAAGAGGGAGGAUUUGAAUAUGUCACAAGGAAGAAGAAGUGGUCUGUUGUGGCAAGAAAGAUGGGUUAUCUCCUUGGAAAGUCAGCUCCAUCUCUUUUGAGAAUGAAUUACGAAAAGUACCUUUACCCUUAUGAUAUAUUUCAAGCAGGAGCAUUCACUGGAGAUCCUCAGCCAGGGAGUGCUGAUGGCAAGAAAGAUCAGAAAGAAAAAGAGUAUGCUCCAAAUGGAGGUGUUAUUAAUACUAACUACCAAAUGUCCCGGAGAUCAAAGAAGGUUAUAAAAGCCGAAGAGCUUGAUUCAAUAGACUUUGAAAAUAACCCUGAGCUAAAGAAACUGCAGUUUCUUGCUCCAGGACCCAAGAUGGCUGGUGUCGCAAAGGGGACAUUGUUACCCAAACAAGAAGUUAAUAUAAAAGAAGAACUUCUAGACAGCCCAGUCAAGAUUGAGAUCACAAACAGCUUGGAAGAGAAAGAGAAAGAUAAAGAGAAAACUGAACCCUCACCUCGUAAAACCAAGAUGAAUGGUGAUGCUAUGCCAUCCCCCGGUAAACAAAGAAUGGCAAGACAGAAACAAAGCAUGAAACUUAAAUUGGAAAAUUUAAUGCAGAAGGAACCAGAGUUGACAAGGAGAAGACCUGUAAGACAAGCCAGCAGGAAAAACAUUUAUUCAAACUCUCAGCUUAUUUUGCCUGAUGAAUACCUUUGUCAAGUAUGCAGUCGUGGUGAUUCUGAAGAAAGUAUGUUGCUUUGUGAUGGGUGCGAUGACAGUUACCACACAUACUGUCUUAUUCCACCCUUAUCAUCUGUUCCACGUGGAGAUUGGAGAUGCCCUAGAUGUGUGGCAGAGGAAUGCAAGAAGCCACAGGAGGCCUUUGGCUUUGAGCAAGCCAAGAGAGAGUACACAUUGCAAUCAUUUGGAGAAAUGGCAGAUAAUUUCAAGAGAGAAUACUUUAAACUCCCACCAGAGCAAGUACCUACUGAAGUUGUAGAGAAAGAGUUCUGGAGACUAGUUUCAACAAUGGAUGAAGAUGUGACAGUUGAAUAUGGUGCUGAUCUUCAUACAGCAACACACGGCAGCGGAUUCCCAACUAAAUUUAAUGCUGUCACUAGUGAAGAGGAAUUUUAUGCCAAAUCAGGCUGGAACCUUAACAACCUUGCAAAUUUAGAGAGAUCAGUGUUGUCCCACAUCAGUGCAGAUAUAUCAGGAAUGAAGGUUCCUUGGAUAUAUGUUGGCAUGUGUUUCAGCAGUUUCUGUUGGCACAAUGAAGAUCAUUGGAGCUAUUCAAUCAACUACAUGCACUGGGGUGAGCCCAAAACAUGGUAUGGUGUACCAGGUGACAAUGCUGAGGAUUUUGAACGCUCCAUGAAGGAGGCAGCCCCUGAACUCUUCGAGGCACAACCUGACCUUCUUCACCAACUCGUCACCAUUAUUAAUCCCAAUGCACUAACUGCUAAGGGUGUACCUGUGGUUAGAACCAAUCAGUAUGCAGGGGAGUUUGUAAUCACAUUCCCCAGGGCAUAUCAUGCUGGAUUCAACAAUGGCCUGAAUUUAGCUGAAGCUGUUAAUUUUGCUACAGCAGACUGGCUUCCAAUUGGACGUAAGUGUAUUCAACAUUACCGUGAGAUGACUAGAAACCCAGUAUUUUCUCAUGAGGAGUUAGUUUGCAAGAUGGCUGCAGAUCCUGAUGGUUUAGAUUUGGACUUAGCCAAGGCAGUCUAUGAUGAGAUGUUGGCUGUCGUGGAGAAGGAGGCAAACAGGCGGCAUAGGCUGGCUAAAAAGGGCAUCUCAGAGUUUGAGCGAGGUGAAGCAUUUGAGUUGUUGCCAGACGAUGAACGACAAUGUGGUGUGUGCAAAACGACCUGUUUCCUGUCUGCAGUUCAGUGCCAUUGUAGUCUUGGGAAACUCGUCUGUCUUGACUGUAUUACAGACAUUUGCCCCUGUGUACCUCCAGAAAAGAGCUUAAGGUAUGCUCGAACUUUCAAGAUUAAAGUGCCAAUUCUCUCCUUUAGCCGCUACACAUUUCCACCCCACAGUGGUGCAGAUAACGUAGCAGCCACUCGUUUAAGUCUUGAUGAACUUCAAGGGUUCAUGCAGCAGCUGCAGAACUUACCUUGUGUCGUAAGAGAAGCCGAUCUCGUACAAGAACUUAUGACACAUGUGGAGAGUUUCCAGUGCGAAGCUCAGAAGGUGAUUCAAAGUGGCACAACAGAUACAACAAGACUUCAACAACUCCUGGACAAUGGACACACACUGGAUGUUGACUUACCAGAGAUCCCAAAACUCAAACAGGAGUUACGGCUGGCCAAGUGGUUAGAGCAAGUGAACAUAACUCUAGCGAACACUGAAGAUGUUUCGUUCGAUGCUCUUCAAGAGCUACUUGAGACUGGAAACACACUUCCGCAAAAAGCUGCUAUUGAGAAAGCCGUUAGCGAGCUUCGUAGUCUGGUAGCUCUAGGUGAACGGUGGGAAGAAAAGGCAAAACUUUGUCUUCAAGCCAGGCCCCGUCAUGCGAUGACUACAGUGGAAGCCAUAGUAAAAGAUGCAUCACGUGUUCCGCUGUAUCUUCCAAACGUGAGCGCGCUCAAAGAAGCACUACGUAAAGCACGUGAAUGGUCUGACAAAGUUGAUCAUGUGCAGAAUGAUGACUACUAUCCUUACCUUGACGUCCUGGAAGCCCUGGUAAUGAGAGGUAGACCUAUUCCCGUGCGCUUGGAGCAGCUCCCUCAGAUGGAAUCCCAAGUAGCUGCAGCGCGCGCCUGGAGGGACCGAGCCGCAAGGACGUUUCUCAAAAAGAAUUCUUCAGCUACUUUGUUGGAGAUCUUAUCACCCCGGAAAGACGUGGGAUCAUACAAAGCUUGUCCCAAACCUCGCGGCAGCAAAAAACGGGAUAAAGCCGAGAAAGAAAAAAAUGAGAAAGAACGAGAAGUUAUAAUUGAGCUAGUGGCGUUGGACGAGUACAUCGGUAGGGAUCCUGCCCUACAGAUCGCUGAGUUCCGAGAAGCGGAAAGUAAAGAGAUGCAAAGCAUGCGGCAAUUGCGACUAGUCAACAUAGCUAGACAGAAAGAAGAAGACAAGAAGAGACAGCUUGGGGAAAGCCUGGACGGACAGUACUGUACAUGCCGGCGGGGACCCGACGGUUUUAUGCUACAGUGUGAGCUAUGUAAGGAGUGGUAUCACGGCUCCUGUGUUCCCCUUCCGCGUACCCAGGGUGGCAAAUCCAUGGGUAAAGGCUCCGCCGCGCUGGAAGCGGCGAAGGAGCUCAAGUAUCUGUGCCCGCUCUGCUCAAGGUCGAGGCGACCCCGCCUGGAAACGAUCUUGUCGCUGCUAGUAUCGCUACAGAAGCUUCCUGUUAGGCUCCCUGAGGGAGAGGCGCUACAAUUCCUCACUGAAAGAGCAAUGAACUGGCAGGAUCGUGCCAGGCAGUUUCUUGCGGACGAAGAUGUUGUGAGUCUUCUCACGUUUCUCAGUAGAACAUCUGCAGCCUGGCCUCAAGGAGUGAGCGCGGAGAACUUGUCUGCGUCGGCUGCGUUACUUCGUCUCGCUCAAGUGGGACCCGAAUCGGAAAACGCCGAGAAAUCAGCGUCGAGUGAGGUGUCUGUCACGGACGAAGCUAACGACAGUGCGCAGGCCGAAGUUAGGCCGACUUUCUCGGAGGAGAUACGACGGCAGGCCGAAACGAUGAUGAUGGAAGGAGAUCUUUUGGAAGUGUCGCUCGAUGAAACGGAACAGCUGUGGAAAAUACUCCUCAGUCAGAAAAGCCAAGAAGAACAAGAAACGCAGCUUUUUGAGGCGAAAUCCGCCAAAGAGAAAGUCAAACGGAAGCGCAAGAAAAAAGACAAUGAAGAUAAAGAAAAGCCAGCGAGAAGAGGAUCGAAUGCAAGUUCAACGAACUCUGCUCCUGCUACAUCAGAGACACCAAAGAAACGUCGCCGAAAAGACAAAGAAAAAGUCGUCAAAGUGAAAAAAGAAAAGAUGGUUGAUGUCGAAGAAGACGACGACGAAGAUGAUGACGAUGAUGAUGAGAUUUGCGCCGCCGGCGCGUGCACACGACCUCAAGGGGAUGAAGUGGGAUGGGUGCAGUGCGACGUCUGUCAGAAGUGGUAUCACCUCGCCUGCGUGGGACUAAGCCCGGAGCGUGCAGAAGCCAUGGAUUCUUAUAACUGUCUGCUGUGUGUUGGAGGGGGUGAGGGUUCGUCUACGAAUUCAGCUGUGGGGACCCCACCCGGGGCGUCACCUGAGUCAGAGAAUGUUGACGUAGAUGGUACCACGCCGACUUCCCCAACGCCUCCGGUCUCAAUAGUAGAUGUUGAAGGGAUGGAGACCGCGCAACCUCAAGGACAAGAGCCGGCGGAAAGUGCUGUCGGUUGCCAAGGCGACGGCAACUCGGUGCGCCCAGUCACUACAAUCGAUUUGUGUUCGGAUGACGAAAGUGUGCACGAAGAUAUUCAGACCGAUGAAAACACCGUGGAUAUUGAAACGGGACCAACGGAUCAGGUUUAAAAUCCCAUAUACAAGAUGGAAAAAAUCUUAAUUAACUAAAGACUGAAUAUUGAGGAACAUAUUUUUUCGCAAUUUUUCCGGCCAAACCCCAGACCCGUGUUCGGGUAAGGCUGUUUUUAUAAUAGUGUUUGCCAUUAUUAUUCGAGAGAAGUUAUCCUCUCUCAGCCGCGCUGGAUAACUUGGGUAUUUCAAGUUUUGUCGUAAUUCUCGAGCCGUUACGAAGUUUUUGACAGUCACAACCGUUUUCCGCUUCCGAAAUAUACUUUAUUUAGUUAUAAUUAAAAAUAAGUCGUUUUUGGAAGACGCGAUAUAUUUCCGAUAACUUCUACCAAUCAGAAAGGUGUGUGAUGUAGCUCGAGCGGCCUCGAGUGUACUGAGAAUUUCUCGCGAAGUAGAGGCGACUUUACCAACCGGAUAAGAUUUUCAAGUUCAAACGGAAGCCGAUGAUAACUGCUAACUGUUCUUAUAAUAUAAUGAAUAUCUUAUAACUUUGAUCAACUUCCCAACGCAACAAACAGCUGUGAAAAAAAAGUCUAGAGCUAGAGGUAAAAUGUGGGUAGUUAAAACUUAUCGAAACGAAACAAAAAACGAUGAAAAUGGCCUCAUUGAGAGUAACUUCGGGUGUAGUUUGGUUUCUAGCUGUUCAAAUGAAUUAUCACAGUGUCGUUUGUGACUUCACCUAGAAACAGAGUAUUUUUUUCACUCAGAAACAGAGCAACGUUGGUCUCUCGGAUCAGGUGGCCGUUUCUCGAUGACUGCGGUAACUUAACGGGCCCACAAGGCUGUGUUUCGUUUUCCUUCAGAUGGGCGUUUCGAGAGUUUUGAAUCUUCUGCAGUAAAACUUUUAAGUUAAAAGAAACAAAAUGGACUCCUAAGAGUGCCAGAAGCUACUUCUCUAAUCUUAAAG